AAUCAAAUUUUUAUGCUAAGUGUUCAAUCAACCCACGCUUUUCACAACUACACUAGGGGUAUUCAAUGCGUACAAAUAAAUUUUAUAUUGAAGAAUAUGUUUAGAUUACUGAAUGACACCAAAAUAACCAUAUUAAUGACUUAAAUACUGAUUAACAAUGUAAUAGCAUUUUAAAUAUAUAUUUUUGCGAUUAAACAAAGAACAUAAAAAAUUCGUUUCAUUUCGGACUUAUUUUUAAUAUACUAUAUAGAACUAUAUAUAUACUUCAAAAAACUCGAAUUUUAAGGAAUAUAAACCUAAUGGCAUAAGAUAUAAUGGGUUACAUUCGUACUUAGUGUAAGAAUAUAAGAUUAAUUCAAACUAUCAAUUAUAAACAUUCUUGCGUUGGAGUCCCGUAACUAUUAAUAUUGCCAAUGGGAAAAUAUUUAAAAAUAAUUGCAUCACUGAAACAAAAGAUAGUGAGACAAUGAAAAAUUUAAAAAAAAAUAGGAACACAAUGUAAGAUAUCUCUAAAUUCAUGAUAAACAAGUGGCUUGCUUAAGCGUAAUUUUUCAAGUGUUUAAUGUAACUAGGAAGAAGAAAGCUCUUUAACGCUCCUCUUCGAUCCCGAAACUAUCAAUUAAAAAUCUCAGGUGGUAGGACCGCAACAAUUAUAAAAAUAAUUGCAUAGAUUUUCAAAGCUUAUAAAAAGUCAAGUUUGAUACAUCAAGCUGCAUAACUGUACGGUAAGAGAACCCAUAAUGGACAAUUCGCAAGAGAAGCUCCCAGAACUCAUCCGGAUGGAGGACUUUCUUCGGCCACAAAACGUUCAAGAAUAUUCCAAAAAUGUGCACUUUAAAUGGCGACGCAACCCAGUUGAUAAUCGCCUGGAAAACACAUCGAUGUUGGCCUUUCUUCUGUCUGCUUUCUGGAAUGUCGUGUUCUUUGGCUUCAACGGAUGGAAUGUUUUGGAACAUCUAUUGUUUGGUCAUCCAAAUACCCAGAACCCUCCAAUUUUCAGCAUUACAGUUUACUUCUCCAUUCGCGGACUGAUGCUGUAUCUAAAACGAAAAGAUAUUAUUGAUUUUGUGAAUGACUUGGAUCGUGAAUGGCCGCAAAACAUCGCCAGCCAAUUGGAGAAAAACAUGGAUCAGACGUACCUUUCCUUUUGCCAGCGUUAUAAAUUUGUGCAGAUUUUUAGUAUGGUUGGUUUACCGAUGUUUUGCUCCUUGCCGGUGGGAUUAUUCGUUUUGACCCAUGAGGGGAAUGAAGUUCCCGUUUCGGUGAACGAGCAGCUUCUUGGGGGUUGGCUCCCCUUCGGAAUACGACAAAUUCCAAAGUAUUAUUUUUUUGUCUGGACAUUCGACGUUAUUUGCACAAUCUGCGGCGUAUCUUUCUUUCUGACCUUCGACAACCUCUUCAAUGUGAUGCAAAACCACCUGAUCAUGCAUUUGAAUGACCUUUCUAAACAGAUCGAUGCCCUGGAUCCUGUCGACAGCGUGACUAAUGAGAAGGUGUUUUUCGCGAAUCUUUUCGAUUUGGUGCAACGGCAGCAGCUAUUGAAUGAGCUGUGCCGCAGAUAUAAUAACAUAUUCAAGGUAGCCUUCCUGGUCAGCAACUUUUUAGGCGCUGGUUCGCUAUGCUUUAUGCUCUUUAUCCUGUCAGAAGCGUCAGAUCUAUUAAUCAUUGUUCAGUACACUCUGCCCACAGUUGUAUUGAUUGGUUUUACCUUUGAAAUUUGUUUGCGUGGAACUCAGCUGGAGGAUGCUUCGGCCAGCUUGUAUUCCAGUCUGACUCGCCAAAACUGGUGCAUUGGCAGCCAAAAGUAUCGCAAAUUCUACUUGCUUUGGCUUCAGUAUUCCCAGCGAACUCAGAAAUUGGGCGGCUUCGGUCUCAUAGAAGUGAAUAUGGUGCACUUCACCGAUAUAAUGCAAUUAGCCUAUCGACUCUUCACUUUUCUCAAAUCACAUUAG